AUGUAUGAAAGAUGUCAAUAAAUAUGUUAAUGAAAUGUAAUUAUUAAAUGAUUGGAAAGCAUAUAUAAUGUGCAUUUAUAUACACGUUAUAAGAAUUAUAUCGAAGGACAUAAGACUCAGUAUCUUGAACAACUUCGUUUCAGUGCUGUGUACGACACGUUUCAUCGCUAUUAUGUUGCAGCUUUCUCGAUGCAUUGUGAUAACUUUUUUAUUACUCGAAUUGAUUAUGGAUUCAAACAGUGAAGAGGUAAUAAUCGUUACAAAAUGGGGAUCUAUCAAUGGUCGGAGCAUAGAGAAAUAUACUUUAAAAAACAAAGCAGGUCAAGAGGUGGACAUUAUAACGUACGGUGCGACAAUAACAUCCGUUAGAACGCCAGAUAAACUAGGAAACAUAGCAGAUGUCGUAUUAGGUUUUGAUAAUGUAGAAGACUAUGCUUCCACUAUGUUUCGUAAUCCGUACUUCGGUGCAACAGUAGGAAGAGUCGCGAACCGUAUAAAAAAUGGAGAAUUCAUAUUGAAUGGGAAUACGUAUCAUUUAACUAAAAAUCUAGGACAGGAUAGUCUUCAUGGUGGUAUUAACGGUUGGAGUUGGAAAAUAUGGAAUGCUGCUAUUCAAAGUAAUCGGCUUGUGCUUUCGCUAUUAAGCGAAGAUGGUGACGAAGGUUAUCCUGGAGAUGUUGUGGCAUCUGUUAUUUUUCAACUAUUUGAUAAUGGAGAAUUACGUAUCAAGAUGAAGGCUUUUGUCACCAAAGCUACUCCUAUUAAUUUGACUAACCAUAGUUACUUCAAUUUAGCUGGCCACAAUGGUAAUGCGAGUGAAUUGUACAAACAUCAGUUUACUUUGAAUGCGGAUCGUUGGACAGCUACCGACGCAAAGAAUAUCCCUACUGGUGAUAUUCUAUCAGUCAUUGAUACCGCAAUGGACCUGAGAAACAUAACUGUUCUCGGUGAUGUUAUCGAUAAAAUACCAGGCGGUGGCUACGAUAAUAAUUUUUGUUUAAUCGUAAACGAUACUCAGAAUGAAAGAAAUUUUGUUGCCACAGCUGUACAUCCAACUUCCGGAAGAUAUUUAGAAGUUUUCUCGAAUCAACCAGCUGUACAAUUUUAUACAGCAAACUUUCUCCCCGAACAUGAUACUGCGGGUAUACAAGGAAAGAACGGAAGCCGGUAUUUUAAACAUGCUGCAUUUUGUCUUGAGACGCAAAAUUAUCCAGAUGCAGUCAAUCACGCAAAUUUUCCUAAUAGCAUAGUUGAACCUGGACAGAUUUAUCGUCAUAUUGUUAUAUACAAGUUUGGAGUAAUAGCUUAAGAAAUUUAUAUUGACCCUCUAUAAUUUGUAUUUUAUACAAUUUAAUUGUAACAAUUCAUGAUGUAUCCCAAUGAAAUAUAACGCUCAUAUAUUAAAACUAUAUUUUUCAUUUCAUAUUCUAAUUUAUCUAAUAAUUGAGAUUAAAUUUAAUCCUAUACUACACUCUCUGUGGUAUACAACUAAAUU